UAUUCGCAAUCAGUAAUCAGUUGUCAAAUUACAGUUUUGGUGGUUGGGUGUUUGUUCUGUGUUUGAUAAUUCGAUCGUAAUUAUUUACGAACGGUGCAGUGUUGAUUCAUAAAAUAUGUCGCUCAAAAUGGAGUUUGACUACGAGGCGGCAACGGCAUUGAUGGACAAAUUUUCCCAGGCAGAUAUCGAUCAUUUGCGCGAAUGGACGUUUUCUUUGGAUAUAAAUAAAUGUGUACCGAAAGAUCUUACGGAUGAGCAGUUACUGUUGUUUUACCACGCUUGCUACGGUAAUUUGGACAAGGCUAAAAUAUGUAUAGAGAAAUAUUACGCGCACAAGAAAAAUUCUCCGGAUAUGUUUGAUAACCGUGUAGUUUUUUCGGACGAGCUCAAGCCUUCAACUGAAGCCCUAGAGUUCUCGUUUUUCCCCGAAAAGUCUGUGGACGGCUACGACGUGAUCUACCACCGCCUGCACUACACUGAACCCUCAAAGUACCACCUGGAACCUGGCUGUAAACUCCUCUUCAUGACCGUUGAUGCGUGCCUGUGCAAGCGGGGGCCCACGCCCGGCUAUAUCUUCCUGUUCGACAUGAGAGGAGUCCGGCUCGGCCAUCUCACGCGCGUCAGUCUCUCCUUUCAAAAGGAUAAGCAAAGGUCCCUCCGCAAGUUCUUCCAAUUCGUGCAGGAGGCCUGGCCGAUCCGCAUGAAGGGCAUACACGUGCUCAACUCCGAGCCCAUCGUGGACAAGCUGCUCAUCCUCAUCAGGCCCUUCAUGGAGAAGAAGUUCUAUGACAUGCUAAAAUUCCACAGCAAGACCGAAGACCUUACGAAGUUCUACGAGACAGUGGUCCCCCGCUCCGCCCUCCCCCCCGACUACGGAGGCACCCUCCCCGACACACAGACCCUCCACAAGAAGUGCAUGCAGCAACUUCAGGCUUUGGAGCCCUACUUUGCUGCCGAAGAACAGCAGAGGGCUAGAGCGUACCCGGAUAAGAAGAGAGAUAAGGCGUUGAAUAAGAAUUUUAAGAAGUUAGAUAUAGAUUAAUAAAAAUCUAGUUUUUAGGUCUCAGGAAAUCGUCGAUGAGUGGCUCUUGUUUACUUAGCUGUAUGCUCAAGAGGUGUUUUUAGGCUGGCCAAAUUUAUUUGAUAGAUUUUAUAAUUUGUAUAAUUUAGUCUGGCUAAGCACUAUGAGUAUGACAGAAAAAACGGCACAUGCAAAAUAAUUAUGUAUGAAAAGUUUACACUUGCGUUUUUAAUUUUUCGUUUUUUUUUUUCAAUAUUAUGAUAGUUAGCCAGACUAGAUAUAAAUGUAUGCUGGCUCAUCAUGACUCAUUUUUAGUCAAACUCAUCUGAUCUAUUAUAACCAUUUUAUAAGUAUUGAGUUUAAUCUUUUAGACAGGGUUCAAUAAAGCUCACACUAAAAACGAGACCCUCAAAUUUGCGCUUAUCCGGACAAGAGAGAUAAAACGUUGAACAAGAAUUUAAAGAAAUUGGAGAUUAGUGUGGUUUUAGGCGGAUUUUAUGGGUAUGAGAAAAGGCGCCAAAACAUGUUUAGUUAAGUCUGGCCAGGAAUACGAAUAAAUUGUCUGGCUAAGGAUUUUGACACCAGAAAAGACAGACUGUGAAUGUAUUCUUAAUCGUUUAUACGCCUUAGAAUUUUUUUUAAAUACUUCCACAGUUGAUCUUGGUGUUAUAUUUGUUAUAUUAAUAUUAUUAGAUAAUAUGACUAUGACUAUGAGGUGCGAAAGUUCAUAAUGUAGACUACGGUGUUUACUUACCACAGGCCGUAAGCUUGUUUGCCACCAUCUUGGUAUAAAAAUAUCAUGUAGUACAAAUAUUUAAUUCCAAUUGUCAAUUGUAUUCCUAGGUAGGUUUUGUAUAUAAAAGAAAAUUAAGAAAAAAAUGUACUUAAUAUUCGCUCACUAUGGUCAGACCAUAGACAAGUAGGUAUAUACCUUUUGCACCAAGCUUAUAUAUAGUGUAUAAUGUAUAACUAUGUACCUGUCUCUUAAAGAUCAUUAGGUAACCUCAGGUCUUAGGAAGGUCUAGGUUAAAUGUACUAACAGUUAUUUCAUCCCGGGAUAACUUGAUAAGUGGGCAGGUGUAUCAUGAUAUCUCGUGGACGUCAGCCACCGUUGAUAGAUUAAUCUCUCUCUAUUGGCCCACAAUACAAGACAAUUUUCCGGUGAUAUUUGAAUCAACUAUACCUAUUGGAAAAUAGAGUUGAUUUUGGUUUUGUUUUUAAUCGAUUGGAACAAAACAAAUGCAAGUUUAAUUCAUUGAAUAAUAAUUCAAAUUUCAUUGGUGAUAAUUAGUUCUAGUAUUAAGACCGUGCGAUGCUUGAGGUAAAGGAAUACGAGCCACCCAACAAUAUCUAUAUACAAUAUCUAGAGUUUUGCAAUUUAAAAAAUUUCAUUGCAAUACUUUAUUUGUUUGGGUGGGUUUUUUUUUAUCCCGCCAACGGAGCGGCGGCUGACGUAUACCGACCGCUAUUAUACAUCUGCCUUAAAAAUGAGGGUGGUAAUUUACAUGUCAAAAUAAAUUCAUUCGUAAUUCAAAUGCACACUGUAUACUGAUAUUUAAUCAGAGUAGGUACAAAUUGUUUCUAAUAUUGUCAAUAAAGAGAUAAAUAUAUUUUAAAUAUAAUAUUAGUAGGAAAAUAAAAUUGUACAUAAGAUUUAGAAAAGAUCAAGUAUAUCUGAGAUGGUUCUAUAAUAUAAUGGACGUAUGAUGGAUGGACUCGUUACUGACAGGAUAAAGCUUCCGUCUCUUUCUAUCGUGCGCAUUUUGAUGACGUAAUUUACUUUAUCAUGUCGAUAACUGCGUCCACCAUACGCCAAAUCACACGCAAAGAGAAUUUUAAAUCAAUUCGUAAUAAUGGGAUAGAUAUAAUGCUUUGUUUCAUCAUAACAUAUUUUUUGAAUUGAUAGACUUUUUAUAAAGUACCUUUUUAUUCACUUAAAUUAAUACGAAUAAUAAAUUUAAUAAAACUUAAACUAAUAAUAAAACGCGGCUAUCGGCUCAAUCGGGUGACCAUCGCUAAUGACUUCUGCUGUGGACUGUACAAGCGGCUUGAGCUGUGUAGACUUAUUAUAAAUCUAUAUAUGUAAAUAUAAAUCUAUUUUUAAAUGUGAGAAAGCCUUACUCAAUGUAAAUGUGUAAUUUUCUUUGUGAAAUUAAAUAAGUAAAAACAUUGUUUUUGUAUAGGCAAGCGUGAUUGGCCGUCACAUCGGGGCUUGUUAACACAUUGAUCAUUAUUUAUUUAAGCAUACAUUUACUACUUUUUAUGUGUUUUUAGUGGCAAAUGUAUGAACUCGGAAUAAACACUAAUCAAAGUGUAAGUAUAGUGUGACAUAAAAUAGUAGAAAUAAAACAAAAUGGUACUAAAAAAAAUCUAUUUUAAAUUGUUGCCAUGUUUAAGCAUUUUACGAUGAUUUUACAUUUUAAGUCAAAAAUGUGACAGUUACGUAGGAAGUGGCGCCCUCAAUAAUUUUCUACAAUUUCUUGUCGGACUAUAAACAGGCCCCGGUAUGAAGGCUACAAAAGCAGGAUAGUUGGGUUGACCAACCGAACUACCAUUUGAGUAUCUGGAUAUUAAAAACAAAGCUAAAGUACUUAAAGUAGUGCCUAUUCGAUUUUGGAAUUCUUUGCGUUUAAAAAUGUGGAAUGUGUUUUUUUUGUCUUGUUGUGUAUUGAAAAUACUUCCUGUUUAGUACUUUGGAUGAGCUUAAUAAGCAUUUAUGUGACAAUUUUGAAGAAGUUUGAAGGAAAUACAUAAUUAUGUAUUACCUACUUAAUAAAAUCGCAAUUAGGCCACGAAAUAUCUGUAACGCCUCUGUUAUAACUAUGAGGGCGAUAUAAUGUAUGUUCAGAUAUUAUUGAGGACUUUGGCAGCUGCGAAAUAUCUGUUGACCACUGCCUGCAUUAAGUACUUAAAUAGUUAUCUAAGCCUCUGGAUGGUGUUUAUUUUUUAUUAGUCUCUCUCGUUUUGUACCUAAUAAAUGAAUGAUACAUGUUGUUAAUUUCUCAGUAAGUCCAGGAGGUGGUGGUUUAAUGUACUUAAUUAGUUUUAUUAGUGUAAUGCUUCAAUGUUCCAUUGAUUGGACAAGUUUGUGAUAAUUUUCAUUGGUUAUCGAUACCAAUGUCGUGAUUUAUUAGAAAUAUAAUUUAUGGAGCGUU